AUGGUGCCGACUUCCCAGCGACACUCUUUACAUCUACUAGGAGUAGUCCUUGUGAUAUCAAUUUCUGGAUCUAGCGCCGCACGAUCCAUUAAGCAACUCGGAAGUCCUUUCCUGGGCUGUUACAACGACUACCAGAACGACGGGCUGCCGUAUAAUUUCGAAAUCUCGCUCACCAACAUGACAGUUGACCGUUGCAGUCGCAUAGCACAGCUGAACGGCAUUCCGUUCUUCGGACUGAAGGCCGGUCGGGGCUGCUACGCCGGGUACGACAUUCAACGUGUCCUAAGUAACGGCUACAGCGAUCAGUGCACCUCACCCUGCACGGGCAACCAGGGCCAGAUCUGCGGCGGCGAGUGGGCGCUGUCGUUGUACGCCACGCCGCCGUUGCCGCGACCGUCACCACCACCGCCGUACAUUUCUUCAGGUUGCUUUGUCGGGUGUUUUCGAGACCGCGUCGACAUGCGGACCCUUCCAAACAUGUACGUCGAGUCGCCCGACAUGACCGUUGACCGUUGCCGUCAGUUGGCACGGUCGCAAGGUCAUCCGUACUUUGGUGUGGAAGCAGGAACGCAGUGCUUCGCCGGCUACGACCUCUACAUGGCGUACUACGUCAACGGUCGUGGUGCCGCCUGCGACUGGCAGUGCGGGGGGGACGCCUCCCAGAUCUGCGGGGGCGAUCUGGCGAUCAGUGUGUAUCACACGAUCGAGCCACGACCGCCACCGCGGCCACCAGCACCGCCGCCGUCCCUACGCAAGAGUGAUCUCUUGGGAUGCUACCGCGACUCCGAAACUUUCCGGGCCCUGCCGUACCGCCUGAGUGUAUCGGAAAACAUGACGGUUGCCGAAUGCCAAAGUGCCGCGAAGCUGCAAGGGUACAGCCUGUACGGCCUGGAGGCGGGUCGUGAGUGCUGGGCCGGGUACGACUCGUACCGUGCCACCAGCUUGGGCCCCAGCAUCUCCUGCGACUGGCCCUGCACCGGCGACGAUUGCGAGAUGUGCGGGGGAGACUGGGCCAUUCUGGUCUUCUCCGUUACGGCAGAAAUGGACCAACAAUCGUCGCCGCCGCCGUUCAGGCCGUACUCGCCGCACUGGCCCGCUUGGCCCCAGGAAGUCCCGUCGUACCCUCCUAUUGCGCCGCCGAUGGGCCCCGCCUCACCACCCUGGGCGGUUGUGUACGAGCCACGUUGGCCCAACGUACCGCCGCCGUCGCCGCCGCCGCCACCACCACCGGUGUACGGCACACAGCCGCCUAACGCUGCAGCCGACGCGUUCGUAUUACCUGAGGGCAAGCGGCCUGAAGUGGCGUACUUCGAUGCGAAAGUCGGCGUCUCCGCCUACACCGAUGCCGUGUACGAAGAUAUCGUACUGCAAUGGAAGGACGUAUUUCUGUCGGAACGUCCGGACAAUCAGCUCUAUUUCCUCGGCGAGUGCCACACAGCGCCCGCCACGCCGUCCAGUUCGCCCGCCAUUCGCUUCGACGGCUGGUCGUGCUGGGCUCGAAUGGCGGAUCCGUUGCCUAAUUGGGACAGCUCCGAAACAGGCGCCUUUACUGCUGUUUGGAUCGGUCGCUUCACAGCUCACGACUAUUAUGGAUUCGGGUACAGCGAGCAGGCGUACGCCACGCUUAGCCGUACAGAGAACGACUUUGAUCGGGAGCUUUCCUGGACAAGUCAGCGCAUUAUGGUUUACUCUCACGCGAACGGGAUGGCCGCGGACAUCUACACCGCCACGCCGCCUUCGGAACAGUGGACGAUGCAAGUACUGUCUCGCAGCCCAGAUGGGAAUGGUGGAGUAACGAUAUCGUACUUUUGGUACGGCAUAUCCGGUUACCUCAACAAAUGGUCCCUACAUGCCGGCGCGAGCAGCAUAGACCCCGACAACUUUGCCCUUGGAGCAGACUCCCGGGACAGCGACAAGUUCUUCUCGGGAGAUGUUGCUGUUGUAAUGUUGUACAACAGGACCUUGAGCGAGGGUGCCGUACGGGGGCUGAUUGACUUUUACAGUCCUCGUUUCGGCUGGCCUAAUCCGAAUGCCUGA